AUGGCCAAUUUUGAUAUAAAAGUAACAUAUUCAACUCCGUAUAAUUAUCAAACUUUAACUGCAUUACCAACAAUAAACGUCACCGAUGAUAUUAUUGCUUUAAAUACAAAUAAAUAUAAUUGGCCUGUACUAUCAUUAUCGGUACUGUCUAUAUUUGGUAUACUUGGCAAUUUAUUAGUAUGCGCAUCGAUUUCGCUUGAUAAACAAUUGCAAACGGUGACGAAUUUUUUUCUUUUUUCAUUGGCUAUUGCCGAUUGUCUUCUAAGUCUUGUCGUUCUACCGCUUGCAAUUAUAAAAGAUUUUCAAGGCUCUUGGAAAUUACCGGUUAUCUGUUGUAAUAUUUAUAUGUUUUUCGAUGUUUUAUUAUGUACAACAUCGAUAUGGCAUUUAACAAUUGUUGCCAUAGAUCGUUUUCUUCAUAUAUCACGACCGUUUCGUACACGAAAACGAAGUAAAUUUAAAACAUUUCUAGCCAUUAUUUUAAUAUGGACGUUUUCAAUUGGUAUAUCAUGUACUAUACUCGUGCUGAGUCUUGCCGACGAACGUAAUGUUUUGACAAUAACUGACGAUCACAAACGAUUGUGUGGACUAAACAAUCGUUUAUUUAUAAUUUUCGGUUCGAUUGUAUGUUUUUGCGUGCCAUGCGUAUUGAUGCUUGUUACAUAUUCAUUAACAAUUCGACUUCUGCAACGAGAAGCAGCUAAGUGUUAUUCCGACCGCGAUGAACACUCAGUGAUGAUGUCAGAAACAUGCCACCGUAUACGACGGCACACAUCCAACUCAAGAUUACACUCAUCAUCGUCACACUAUUGUACUACAACAAUGGCGAAAGAUCCACGUAGUUCAACACAAUUAUAUUCGCGAUCAACAUCUCGUUCAACUGCACUACUCGAAGCCGAUAUGAAACCAAAUACUCUCGAGUGGCCCAAAGCAUCAAUAUCAUCAUUAACAUCAAAUGCGCCUUUGCCAAGUCAACGGUCAUUUCUUCGCAAUACAUUUGUACAAAAAGCGGUUCACGUGUUUAAAUGUGGCACAGAAACUACAAGCGAACGACGGGCAAUGAAAGUUUUGGGCAUUGUGUUUUUCGUUUUUAUCGUCGCAUGGCUUCCAUUUUCAGUCUUAAAUAUUCUUUCAGCUGUUUGCCCAUCAUGUGGUAUACAACCAUCAUUAUUAAAUGUAACCAGUUGGCUUGGUUACAUAUCAUCGAAUUUGAAUCCAAUUAUUUAUACAGCAUUUAAUGUUCGAUUUCGUCGUGCUUUUGUAUCGAUAUUGACGUGUCAAUUGAAUUAUUUCUCUCAUAAACGUAAACGAAAUAAUUUAUUUAUAUUUAUUGCUUCAAACAAUAAUCAACAAUCGAUUUCUUCUGAUCAACGUCAACAUUUUUUUACAUUACGUCGUUGCCCGAAGCAAAGAAUUAGUUUUGCUUAA